AUGAAUCUACGAGGUAUUUUGGUCUAUUUACUUUUCCUUGGGGUUUUUUCCGUUUCUGCAUUACCUAAGAGAGGAAGAAGAGUCUCGACAACUGAUCCAAGUUCAAUAUCAGAAUGCACUCAUGACAAUGAUUGUAAUAAUGAUGAAUGUUGUGUUAUUGGCCCAAUUCGAUACAGUGUGCCACAGUGUAAAAAAUUGCUAGAAAGAGAUGAAUUCUGUAGACCUAUGUCUACUCCAUUGUUUAAUGUUACUUUAGGCUAUCCUGAUGGUAGUCAAAUUCAUUUAAAAAAAGUUCAUUACAUUUUCUGUCCGUGUGCACAAGGUCUCACGUGUAAUAGAAGUGAUGAACUUUGUAACGGUACAAAUGAAAAUAAUAAUCAAAUUGAUGAUUUUGGAAAUUAA